GAUAGAACCUGAUGGUGCAGCGAGCUUUUUACCAGCAAUCCACGGGACGACACGCUAUCCUUGCAAAAAAAAAAAAAAAAAAAGAGGAGAGGAGAGGGGGAAAACACCUAAACGUCGAACCAAUAAGGUGGAUUGAGCUCUUUUGCUGAUUGCGUCACCGGAACAUGGACAAACGCAGACGGUGUCUCCGGAAUGAUGCGGCAACAUCUUCAACAAUUGGGCUUAAUGGAGAAAACUAAAGAAGUCCCUUUAAGAUGACACUUACAGGACCACCUGAUUUACUGGUAUCGAGUGUGCAUCGAGACAUAAAAGUUAGCCCCCUUUCUCCACUCUCCAAAUCCUUGCAAGAAGAAUGUAAUUAUUUCGACUGCAGCACACUGGAAGACACCAACAGCAAGGCCAAUAAGCGGCAUUGCCGUACCUUUGAAUAUAAAUCAUUGCCAAAACAGAAGAACUAUUCAAUGCAUUCCCCAAAGAAGAGAACCGAUAGGCAUGGCGCUAAACCAGAUAUUGUUUGGAAUGCCCUGGGCCACCAACAGAGGUACCGCUUUUCUGCUCCAGACAUUUUCAGCCAUAGGGUACCAUCUCAACCAAUGGAUGCAGAUAAUCAGUCUGCUGUCCAUAUCCAAAAACGAAAGAACAGGUCAAAAAGUGCCCCUUGGGUGGAAACCAGUCUGAAUCCUGCAUCAAUUCAGUCCCCAUCCUCAGCGAGAAAGGGCAGGGAGUCUCGAUGGACUGCUCACUGGAGACCUGAAAUAUCACUGAGUAAGGAGUCCCGCUAUGCACCAAAUAGAAAACAUUUACAUGACGUGUAUCCUGUUCGACUUCCUCCUCAAAUGAGUGAUAACAGACACUCUCCUCAUUAUUCUGCUGAUAGCUAUGAGGAGGCAUUGCUGGAUAAACCACCAACUAGUCAUCAUGUUCGGUGUCGGGUAGACAUUAAACCAAAUAAUUCAGCAUUGCAUCAUCCUAGACAGAAACAGCCAAUUUCAUCAAUGGACAUACCGUGGCAAAGGUACCACAAUGAGGGGGGUAGGAGCCUGACCGUGCCCCGUCAUUUCUCCUAUUCUAGAACCCCAACUCCCACCGACUCAUUGGGCCGAGAGAGUCGGCAAACUACUCAAUAUUCCUGUAGUCUGCCAAAUAAAUACAACCAUCAAGUGGAAGGUCCUUUCGAAAUGAUGCUUCCAUCGAGUUAUCAAAGAGAAAACAGAGCUCAUUCCAGUCCAAACAUGCCAACUCAAUACUUUUAUGAAGAUGAUCCUGGUAGAUAUGUUACCACUGUUGCCCCUCAGCCAAGUUCUUAUUUGUAUGAUCCUUACACACCAGGACAAACCUCCAAAGUGCAAUGUGUCCAUGAAAAAAGAGGUCAAACAGCUCAUUCUAUGGGUACAAGACCGAGUUAUACUGAAAUGGAGCACUAUCCAUACACUGUACAGUUAACAUAUCCAAAGUCCUAUACGACAAAUGAUCCAGGGCCAUAUAUCAUACAACCACUACCAGCAAAAACAUUUUAUGGGGAUGAUCCAAGGUCUUAUCAAAUUCAGACUGGCCCGCCACGGUUUUAUUAUCCAAGUGACUUACAUGCCAUGCCGCCCCAGCACCAUGUCCCAGCACGGGCAUAUUACACAGAAAGCCAAAAAAGUGCCCGAGUCAUGCAGGCACAAACAGACGAUGGUUAUGUUUCAUAUGCUCCCGGAUAUUCUUCUAAUCCUGUGUCUUAUGUGACCCAUGUCACUCCAACCAGAGUCAAACAAGAAUCACUAUUAAUGCCCUGGUAUUCUAAUAUUUCCGCAGAACCUCAAAGAAUUGACACCGAUUCAAAAUCCUACUCGAAGUCGUUAGAUGAUAUUCUCAACUCCCAUACGGAGAGGGAACAACCUCCUUCUGUACAACGGCGUCAGAGCUAUGAUGAUCUGGCGCCAAGAAAACCUGCACGCACCUCAGAUGAUAAACCGCAGCCAGUCGUCGUCAAUCUCUCCACUUCACCAAGACGUUAUGCGGCCUUAUCGAUGUCUGACAACUCUUUAAUUGACCAAAGCCCCCCGCAGACAUCAAAGAACUACACUAGCAAACAGUGGGUAGUCACACCUGAGAUUACAAUCACUGAUAAUGACUUUCGGACAGGUAAUCUUCAGAAUACUGAAGGACGGUCUGCCAGCUGGGACAUUCUGGACUCUAGAGGCAGUGAAGGCCCAGAACUGGGUCAGCGUGACAUGAAAGGCUCAACCAAAGACAAACCAUAUGACAGUGGCUCUCUUCAGCAAAGCCUUGAACAACUUGAUGAGCUGCUGGCUGAUCUUGUUACUGACUACAAACCACCUAGUAGAAGGGCAAGCGAGGACAUAUUAGAUCAGCUGAAGAAGUUAAUUGAUGAGGAAGAGGCGGUGUCUUUGUCCAGAAAAUGUUCAGUGGCUGUUGCAGAAGGACCACCUCCCCUUGACAAGCAGCCAACAUCCAUCAGAGUAAAUCCUGAUUCUUUUCAUGAUAUGGAUGGAGCAAGCGAUGCAAUGAAGAGUGCGGAUGAGUGCUCCCCAGAUCAGAGCCCAGAUGAAGAUGACACAAUGAUGUGUUCAAAUAACAGAUGCCGGAGAACUGAAACUCUGUUUAACGCUUGCCUUUACUUUAAAUCCUGCCACAGCUGCUACACCUACUACUGUUCUCGCAACUGCCGAAGAGAAGACUGGGACAUUCAUAAAGAAAGCUGUGUGUACGGUAGAAUUGGCAGCUCAUGUCGACAUAUCAUCAAACAUUGUCGUGAGACUAUUGAAGUCCACAAAGCCUUCUCCCGUCUUGCCAAAGUCGGUUACCUUUCUCGAGGUAGAGGAGUUCUCUUCCUUGGUUUUCCGAACACAAUGUCUUCCAGUAACUUUUUGCAGUCCGGCCUGGACAGUCUGCCUAUGUCGCCAACGUACCUGUCUCUCCGAGAGCUCGAGAGUUUUCAGGAUAACCUUGGUGAUUACUGCAAAGAGCUGCAAGAAGCUGGAAAAGAAUAUGACCCAAACGAAUGUUUUAUCUUGAAUGUAUCCAUUGCUGUGGGUGAGCAGCUGCCUGAUGGGCCUUCACCGAGGAACCAAGCUCCAGCAGUCAGAAAAUAUGCAAAGGUUGCUCUGGCCUCUUUUAGCCCUGACAGAAAGGUCUACAAGAAAGAGUCUGAGAUGGAAACCCUGAUCUUAACACCUCCACCGGGAACCACGGAUAUUGACAAAGCUGGAGAAGAGGGCAGGAAAGCCAGGGAGAUCUGUUUUAUCAACAUACAACGAGAACUACGCAUUCGAGGAGUAUUCUUACGCCAUGAAUACCCGAACGUGUAUCAGCAGCUCUGUGAGUUUGUGGAAAAUAACCUAAGGUUCACCCCCACCACUAUUUAUCCAAUUGAUAAGAGGACAGGUAAACAGUUUAUGUGCAUGAUUAUGGCUGCCUCUGAGCCAAGGACUUUGGACUGGGUUGGCACACCGCAUCUCCUGGAUGAUAUCAUUUAAAUUCAUAUUUACAUAAAUUAUACAUACAUACAGUACAGUAGAUGUGUACGGAGCACGCAGACACACAUGUCUGCUUGGUUAUUUUGGCUUGUCGGUAUAUUUUUUAUCAGAAUUUUGUACAGUACUUUUUUUUUUUUUUUUACAUCGUACAUCGUUUUUAGACAAAUAUUGAUAGUGAGAUAUCUGUAUAUUGGCCGCUUACUGUUACAGCAUAUUUUCUUCAUGAGGGAUGACCUCAUCUUUGGGGUUUAAUGAAGAAAAUUUGUAUUUUUUUCCUUUUUCGACGAGAGAAAUACUAUGCAAUGCAGCCGUAGGAUUUAUUGAUCCCAAUUGUGGUGCUUCAUUAUAUUACUUCAUUAUAUUACUGUAGAACAUACAGUACUGUAAAAUAUUAUGAUUGAGACUAAUUGAACCUUCCCAAAAACUUAAAUGGUGUGUCAGUCAGAAGCAUAAAAUGCAAACACAUUUUCAAUCGGCUGAUAUAAUAGUGCUGAUAUAUUAGUACUGUCAGCCAAUUAUUUUUUUAAUCAGAUUAAUCGCACAUUUGAAUUUGGAUUAAUCAUGAUAAUUCACAGGUUAUUACUUACUCACAUAUUUUAAAUUAACUUAGAAAGGGCCCGAU